AUGUCUGCCCAGCAAAGCUUUUGCGAGCUUGAAAUUCCACGGAUAACUUCAAAGACAAUACAAACACUGGCAUCCAUAGCUACCAUCAUCGCUCCCUAUAACCAACUAUUGCCGGAGGACCUUUUGGAAGAGUUGUGGCAAGACAAAGCAGAGCACGCCGAACUCCAGAUGUUAAAGCAAUUCCCAACCACACAUAUCAUGCUGAUCGAGGCCAUUGACCAACCACUGGAACAGUUACUGCAAUGGCUUUGGACUUACGACAGCAAAAAGGCGUUGGGAACUGAAAAACAACUCUUACAAGCCAUACGAUGCAUAUUGACGGAUUUUGCCAGUAAUUGCAUCAAUCCCUGGAAGGCGCCCUUUUCAGAUUCCAGCGAACGAGCUUUCCUGAUAAAUCACGUCGCUCCGAUCUUCAAAUCGUUCGGCAAUCAUACCGAUUUGCUUUGCUUCAAUUGGUGUGAAACUUAUUUAAGGCAGCAAACUCAACAAGCACGGGUAAUGGUUAGCACUGGCCAAUUCGACAAAGCAAUACUGCGAUUUGUAGAUGGACUGGGGUACGAUAAGAACAAUGACGAACGACUGGUGCUGGAAGCAUCUGGUGGGCAUGCAUCUGAUAGUCAUCAACAUGCAAUUGAUGACACGCUGAAAAUCGUGCACAGUUUAAUGUGUAUUCUCAAAGGAGAUGCCCGAAAGCAUAUCAACGGAAGUCUAUGCACAUACCGGAAGGUGAAAGCUUUUGGCGUCCAAACAGUAAAGUCAUCUCUGAUACUCUCUGAGAUGAGUCUGGGUGAAGACUUGAAAUACAAAUACAAGGAGGUUCGAACUGCGGAGAUUCCCAUCAACGAUGAUCACAGAAGCAAAUUUUUUCCUAUUGUUGACUUACUGGCAUAUCUUAUGGUGCAACUGGAUCUCCAAAUGAAGCAUCUCAGUGGAUUGCAGGAGGAACACGACGGCAAGGUGGUAGUCAAGCGAGAAGAUACCAUACGAUCAACACUGUAUAACACAUAG